CUUGUGCGUGCUCCAUUGUUGGGUGUUAUCAAGUUCUGGGAUGGUACAACUGUGAUUGAAAAUACCACAGAAUGUUGCCGUGUCACUCAUCCUGAUCCACGUUGUAUGAUAUCAUGUGUCAUUGCAUCCACCUUAAUCACUGCUGAGAGGCCAGGAUUUAGAAAUUGAAGUCAACAUGACACCUAUACCCAGUCCAAUGACACCCACCACACCUACACCUAAUAUAACAACAUUUACAGAUACACUACCAGUAGAUGCUCGAUUACAAUCACUUGUACGCAAUGUAGUAGAAACAAACAAGCCCAUGUUAAUUGCACCACAAACCGAUCGAUUGUUUGUCACUCCAGAAACGGAUAUGGAUCAAAUGCAAGUGUAUUACCAUCAACUCUUAGAUUAUUGUGUACCCAAUUCAUUGAAUGAAUUAAUGUUGGAUGAUGUCGUGAAUCGUCGGGACACAUUUCGAUGUCUGAGCGCCGCCAUUUAUUGUCUGACAAGAGAAAUUCCAGCUCAAUCUGAAACGGAUUAUUUCAAAAAGAUGCUGAUGGAUAUUGUCAUGCAAGGUGGUGAAGCGGAUACGAAUGCCACCGUGGCGGGCGCUCUCUUGGGCGCUCGUUUGGGUUAUAGUCAUUUACCUACCGAAUGGGUUGUUGGUAUGCGAAGAUGGGAAUGGUUGGAAGAUAAAGUCGAUGAAUUCUGUGCUUUUCUUUAGUCCAUCUUUCCUUCUGUAUAUAAAAGUAUAUGUUUGUAAUAACAGUUUAUUAUUUAUCUCUUUUUUUUUCCCUUUGUCAUACCGUGCGUAUGCGUGCCUCUUUUUUUUAGUGCCUGUGUUCACACAUAUUUAAAUACCCG